AUGCCGUUAGACAAAAUUCUCGGCAGCGUAACAGGUAACCCGGCAAUAACAGGCGCGCUCAGUGGCGCAGCCGGUGGCGCCCUUGCGGGCGGUCUGGUGGCGGUAGGCGGCCUGGCCUACAAAGCUUACCAAUCCUAUCGCGGCUCACAGCAACAAAGCGCUGAUGGUGCCGCUCCCGCCCCUGCACAACUUACCCAGUCGCAGGUGCUACCUGAACUCACCCGGCAGGACUUUGCCACCGUGGUUGAUUCAAACCACAAUGCAAACACCACCAGCCUCAUCAUCCAGGCGAUGAUCGCGGCCGCCCAUGCAGAUGGACACCUGUCUGAGGCAGAACAGAGACGCAUCUGGCAACAGGCUGUUGAACUGGAACUGUCCAGCAGCGAUCUGGCGACCCUAUCAGAGCAGUUAUCCAACCCGCUGGAGCCUGCACAACUGGCAGCUCUAGCCCCCAACAUGGAAACACGCAUCGAAAUAUAUACCGCAUCCGCAAUCGUCAUCGACGACACCUGCGAAGCGGGCAAAAGUUACCUCGCGAAUCUGGCGUCACAGCUGCAGUUACCAGCCCAGCUGGUGGAAGCACUACAUCUCCAAUCUUCCCAAUCACCUGUGGCCGCCUGA